AUGGACCCCAAAGUUGGAGUCGGCGUCUUCGUUUUCAAUGCUGCAGGCAAAUUCGUCAUUGGCAAGCGAAAGGGAAGUCUUGGUGCUGGUAUGUACAUCGCAUUUGCACUCACUCCCACACGUGCAACAGAGAAGCCAUUGUACGCAACUAGAAGCAAAGGCUUACGGUUCGUGAUGACAGGCACAUGGGGAUUACCGGGUGGACACCUCGAGUUUGGUGAAUCCUUCGAGACCUGUGCAGCGCGUGAGACCCUUGAAGAAACAGGCCUGAAGAUCCAGAAUGUACGGUUCCUGAAUGCCACGAAUUCAAUCAUGAAAAUGGAGAAUAAACACUACAUUACCAUUUUCAUGGGUGGUGUCUGUGAGGAGGGUGUUGAUCCUCAGGUGAUUGAGCCGGAGAAGUGCGAGGGAUGGGAAUGGAUUUCAUGGGAUGAGUUGCGGAUCUAUGGGGACGAGGAGAGAAAGGCUUGUGUCGGGGUUGAGGGGAGGAGGUUGUUUUCGCCUCUUUUGGAGUUGUUUAGACAGCGUCCGGAGUUUCGGGUUUGA